AUGCACGUUGACCAUCCUCCGGAACGUUUGGUACGUGGGCCAAUUUCCAAGGAUGGUAGACUGCCCGGGAGGACGGCCAAUGAUAUCAAGAAUUACUGGAACAGUAAACUGAGCAAGGAGAAUAUUUCUGGAGGGGCAGAGGUGAGAGCCCAUACGACUGUAAUUGAGAAGAAGAAGAUAUACAGGCCUAAACCAUGGAGAUUCAAAGAUUCUCGGUGGUUGACAGGGCUCUCUUCUUCUACCACUGUGGACAACACUUCUGGGUCAGGAGAUAUGCAGAGUCAAGCAUCUCCUCCUCGUCCUCCACCUCAGGACGAUUCCAUGCUGUGGUGGGAGAAUGCCUUGGCCGUGGAGAAUGAAAAGGCGGCAGAGAAAGGGAAGUCUUGCUCCUUCRAURCGUCUGGAGAAGAGUUUAUUAAAAGCUUUUGGCUUGAAGAAACGGAAUCAGUGAAAGAGGGUGGCGAGACUUCUAAGGGAGAAGGCAGGAGUACUGAUUGUUAUGGUCAUGGAUUGUCUUUCRACGUUAACAUUUGGGACAUUUUGGAACUAGAAAAGGAACUUAUCAUGUAA